AUGCCUCAGAAACAAGGAAUUUUUACGUUACUAUUCUGUGUUCUCGGCGUUUAUGCCUGCUUCCUCACAUGGGCUCUUGUUCAAGAGCCCUUAAGUACCAGAGUAUGGCCAGAAAGCAAUCAAAAAUUUCAAGCACCCUCUGUAAUUGCCAUUGCGCAAGCCAGUGUUGCUAUGCUUGUUGGAGGGGUUUAUCUGAAGUGGCGGAAAUUGGGCUAUAAACCAUUUGAUUUCAUUUUUGAUCAUGGAAAGGAACUUGCAUUAAUAUCCUUUACUCAAAGUACUUCAACACCAUUGGCUAGUUAUUCAUUACACCAUGUUGAGUAUCUCACAUAUAUGCUUGCCAAAUCAUGCAAAAUGAUUCCUAUAUUGCUUGUGCAUUUGCUUCUGUAUAGAACAUCAAUUCCAAGGAAAAUGAAAGUGCUUGCGCUAGUUGUAAGCAUGGGAGUGGUGGUUUUCACUGUGGGAGGUUGGAAACCAAAGUCUAUUGAAAGUGGUUCUGGUGAUAGACAUGGAACAAAGGGAUAUGUGCUCUUGUUGCUGAGUUUAUUCUUAGAUGGGAUGACCAAUGCAACUCAAGAUAAUCUUCUUAAAAGCAAUAAACCAAAAGUUAACAAAAGUUCCAAAAAAAAAAUUACUGGAGCUCAUCUGAUGUUCGCACUAAACAUGUUCAUAAUUAUUUGGAAUGCACUAUAUCUGAAGGUGCUAGAUCGUCAACAAUGGGAAAAAGCCAAAGUUCUUCUACGGAAGGAUCCAGAGAUUUUAAACUAUCUUUUCACGUAUGCAUGCUGCGGUGCGAUUGGGCAAUGCUUCAUUUUUUAUACACUGGAAAAAUACGGUUCUCUCGUUCUGGUUAUGAUUACUGUCACCAGAAAGAUGAUGUCUAUGAUACUAAGCAUUGCGGUUUUCGGAAAAAGAGUAAAUCCUAUUCAAUGGGCAGGUAUCAUCAUCGUAUUCGGUGGUAUCACUUUCGAAGCUAUUGGAAAAAUGAAAACAAAGCGUUUGCCUUCGAAAAGUAAACUUCAUUAG